CUCGUACGAGUUUCCCUUUUCUUCCCUGUGUUUUAAAAGGUUAUUGUGUUUCUCUCUCUAUCGUACUCAACUGCCGCUCCGUGUUCGACUCGCGUUUUUAGCAGCCUUAGCACCUAUCACGAAGAAAACCCAUUGAGAGAAAGAGAACUCAAGAGAUAAUAUUCACGCGUAACACGCUAUGAUGAUGAUGAUGAUAGAGACAAAUCGAUCAACCAUUUUUUGAUCAGUAUAUAUUAUUGCAAAAUUGAUUCUUUCCUUCAGGGAUUGUGGAAAUCGAAUUGUCCGGUCAUUUUCGCUUCUCAAAACGAGAUCUUUCAGUUUGGUUUUGUGGCGGGGGAAUCCUUGAAUUCUUUACUCUGUCGUCGAUUUGUCUUUGGAGGAUUGUGGGCAAGUUCGGGUUGCCGGAAUCGAAUUGGGUUGUUUUGGCGUUUAAGAUGAGCGACGUUCGCUGUAGCUUUCUGAUGUAAUAUGGAAGUGUUGUCAGUGAUAUACACAUACGAAAAUGUCGCUUUACAUUGGUAGAGAAGCUUCAAAGCUAUGGAAGAGAAUUUAUGCAGAGACUGUAACAGAGAUCAAACUUCUUGCCGAGAAUUGGAAGUAUCUUCUUGGAGGUUUAAUUUGUCAGUACAUCCAUGGUCUGGCUGCUCGAGGGGUUCAUUACAUACACCGCCCGGGACCUAUACUACAGGAUGCUGGGUUCUUUCUUCUUCCUGAACUUGGUCAAGACAAGGCUUACAUCAGUGAAACAGUUUUCACUUUCAUCUUUACGUCCUUUUUCUUGUGGACUUUCCAUCCAUUCAUUUUAAAGAGCAAAAAGAUCUACACGGUGCUAAUAUGGUGCAGGGUUUUGGCUUUCUUGGUCGUUUCUCAAUUUCUUCGUAUUAUAACUUUCUAUUCUACGCAACUUCCAGGGCCAAAUUAUCACUGUCGUGAGGGUUCAAGGCUUGCUACGCUUCCUCGCCCUGAUAGUAUUGUGGAAUUUCUGAUUAUCAAUUUUCCUCGGGGAGUACUUUAUGGUUGUGGGGAUCUUAUAUUCUCAUCCCAUAUGAUCUUCUCUCUUGUCUUUGUCCGGACGUAUCAAAAGUAUGGCACGCGAAGGUUCAUUAAGCAAUGUGCAUGGUUAUGUGUUAUUGUCCAAAGUUUCUUGAUUAUUGCUUCACGGAAGCACUACACUGUUGAUGUCGUUGUGGCUUGGUACACAGUGAAUUUAGUGGUGUUUUAUGUUGACAAAAAGUUACCAGAAUUGGCAGAUAGGUCCGUAUCAGCAACGUUUUUGAUACCGUUGACCAAGGACAACCUCAAGACCAAAGACGAGAACCACAAACUUUUGAAUGGGAAUUCUAGAGACACUAGCCAAGAGGUCUAGAAUCUGAAUCUGUGGGAAUACACACUGAAGAUGGGGAACACAUUGCAGGGUGAAGGUUUGAUGGAAGGGUGGAUACAAGUAGUUGUUUGGCAGAUCAAGUAGGAAGGCAAGUGCCAACUUGUCAUAUGGGUAAAUUUUGAUCUUGUAGUAUGGUGUAGGGGGAUAAAUAUGCUCCCUCAAUAUCCAUUCAUGUUCUUUAUUCUGAUGGUUAGUCCUUUGAUGUAAAACACCCAUAACGCACUGGAAUUAAUGUUCCUUUCUUAGUUGAUGCAGUUAUUCUUCCUCUCCAUCCUUAUUAAUUGGCUUGUCUUGUACUUGUC